UCAUGUGUCUUAUUAGGGAAUAAGUGUCAUUGUCGUGUUGCAGAGGCUGUAACGGUUCUUUGGGGUGGGGCAGGGAUAUCACAAGUAGUACUUAUGUAGUAGGUGGGGGGAAUGGGGAACAUUGUCGAGUAUUUGGUAAAGAGUGUAAGGGGGAGGGAAGAGACUCCAUAAACAUUUCUCUUGGCUUGUACCGUUGUCUUAUUCUAAAUAAAGAGUAUUGUGUUCUUAUUCGUCUUGUCUGUUCUUGAGAAUAACAACCAAAACGUAUCAAAUUGGUAUCAGAGCAGUGUUCUUGGGAAACCAAUCAUCUAGAUGGCGCUCAAGAAGGUGAGGAGUUAGAGAAGGUAAUGGAGAGCAUUCAGAAAGAAGUUCAGCAACUGUCGAGCUUGGAAUCUGACGUCAGUGCUAUGAAGAAGCAACUGGGCAAGUUGGACGUCUUUGAAAAGCAGCUGGGAAAACUGGAUGUUCUAGAGAAGCUGGAAAGAAGAAUGGCGGAAGAAGAGAGACGUACGUGGGGUACGUCCAAGGGGAACGAGGAUGACUCUCAGGUCUCCGGCGUGGAAAAGCCAAGCGUGGAGGAGUCACAACGACGCCUUCCACAGAGCCCUACGAUGGAGGUGGGAGAAACCCUACAACGGAACCUACCGGUGGAGGAGAAAGAACCACUCUCUCAAAGGAUCGAGCUUCCUCUGUUCGAAGGAGAAGAGGCGGAAGGCUGGGUUCUCAGGGUGGAACAGCACUUCGAGCUGCAGGAGUUCACGGAGGAGGAAAAGCUGCGAGCAAUAAGAGUAUGUUUUGUCGGGGAUGCACUCACGUGGUACCGUUGGGAGAAGGUACGGAACCCUUUCCUCAGCUGGGAGCAGCUGAAAAACAGAGUCUUGGACAACUUUGCUACGACUCACGACUUAACCGCCGGCGAACGGUUGCUACUACUCCGUCAAGAGGAAUCCACAGGGCAAUACUGCAAGGCUUUCAUUGCACUAGCCUCUAAUGCCCCGGAGGUGUCUGAGAAAGUGUUAGAGAUGGCCUUCAUGAUAGGGUUGAAACCGAAGGUUAGAAAAGGGGUGAAGAUGUUCGAGCCGAGAACAUUGCAGAAAAUGAUGGAUCUGUCUCGACUGGUCGAAGACUGGGAAGGACAAGGCGAUUCACCGGCGCCGACGGGUUGGGAAGUCGCGAGCAGAGCUCCAGUGAGAAACCCGGGGGACAAACACUCGUCACGUGGGUCCUAUCAGACUGGUACGGGUUUAUCUUCUCAUAAGUCUUUAAUUACAACUGAGCCCAAAACGACAUCGUUACGACCAAGUGGAGACAAAAGCUUAAACCCUAAUUUCAAGAAUCCCGAGUCGAGACGACCACCAUUCAGGCGACUAACAGAUGCGGAGGCCAACGACCGUAGGGCGAAAGGAUUGUGUUUCCGGUGUGAUGAGAAGUAUCAAGCCGGACACCGAUGUCGGUUCAAGGGGCUUCAGAUCCUGGUGGCAACGGAGGACGACGAAGGGUUGUGCGGAAACGACGACGGAGAGGAACACGAGGCGGAGAUGGUCGAGGUCCCGGAGUUCGCGGCGCUAUCCAUCCAGUCCGCCGCCGGUAUAUCCUCUCCGCGAACCAUGAAGUUGAGGGGAAAUGUACAAGGAGAAGAGGUCGUGGUGAUGAUUGAUAGUGGAGCCACCCACAACUUCAUAUCGAAGGCGAUGGCUCACAGAUUGGGAAUAGUACCCAGAGGAACCACGGGGUAUGGGGUGCGUAUGGGCAACAGUGUAAUGGUAAGGGGAAGCGGAGUGUGCCAAUGUGUGAGGUUGCAACUGCCGGGUUACACUCUCAUCACUAGCUUCUUGCCUUUGGAGUUGGGAGAGGCGAAUGUGAUAUUGGGAUUGCAGUGGCUGGAAUCCCUGGGGGACACGAGAGUAAACUGGCGCGAGCAGAGAAUGGCCUUUAUGAUGGGCGGUGAAGGGGUGACCUUGUUGAGAGAUCCUAGUUUGAAGAACUCGGCCAUCUCCUUCAAGGCCCUUUGGAAGACCGUACAACAGGAUGGAGAAGGGCUGUUUGUGGAAUAUGCGGGAAUACAAGCCUCGACCGAGGAGAGUGAAGAAGGUGCCCCCAUAUACUACCGAGCCUUGUUGGAGGAAUUCUCUAGAGUGUUCUCGGAACCACAAGGGCUUCCUCCUUCUCGGGGAAAAGAGCACUCCAUCGUUCUGAAACCUGACAGUGAACCGGUCAGUGUGAGGCCAUUCCGGUACCCACACGCCCAAAAAGAAGAAAUAGAAAGACAGAUUGCCACGAUGUUAGCUGCAGGGAUCAUUCGCGAAAGCGGUAGUCCGUUUUCAAGUCCGGUACUCCUGGUCAAAAAGAAAGACGGCAGCUGGAGGUUUUGUGUGGACUAUCGUUCUCUCAACAAAGCCACGGUACCUGACAGCUUCCCUAUCCCGAUGAUUGAUCAGCUACUAGACGAGCUCCACGGUGCAAACAUCUUCUCCAAGUUAGACUUGCGCUCAGGCUACCAUCAAAUCCGGGUCAAAGCAGAGGAUGUCCCAAAAACCGCGUUUAGGUCUCAUGACAGUCACUAUGAGUUUCUAGUGAUGCCCUUUGGCCUCACAAACGCACCAGCUACCUUUCAGUCCUUGAUGAAUGAGGUGUUCUGACCCUUUCUCCGAAGAUUUGUGCUUGUCUUCUUUGAUGAUAUCCUCAUUUAUAGUCGAUCGAAGGAGGAGCAUCAAGAUCAUCUCCGAGAGGUUCUCAAACUGCUUCAUAAGCAUCAGUUGUAUGCUAACCAAAAAAAGUGUCAGUUUGGCACUACCAAGAUAGCCUAUUUGGGACAUGUGAUCUCACCAGAAGGGGUGUCUGCUGAUCCAAGCAAAAUACAAGCUAUGGUGGAAUGGGAGGCUCCUGCGAACAUCAAAGCUUUAAGAGGGUUCCUGGGGCUGACUGGAUACUAUCGAAAAUUUGUACAAGGCUAUGGAGAGAUAGCUAGACCACUCACUGAUUUGUUAAAAAAAGAUCAGUUCGAGUGGACUGAGAAGAGCGAGGCAGCUUUUGUCAAACUCAGAAAGGCGAUGACAACUGUUCCCGUUCUAGCCUUACCCGACUUUACAGAGGUGUUUGUCGUGGAAUCUGAUGCGUCGGGGGUGGGUUUGGGUGCUGUUCUUAUGCAAAAAGAGAGACCCAUCGCUUACUACAGUCAGGCUCUGACGGAUAGGCAGCGACUCAAGUCCAUUUAUGAGCGCGAGCUUAUGGCCAUUGUACUAGCAAUACAGAAAUGGCGACACUACCUCCUUGGCAGAAAGUUUUUGGUGAGGACAGAUCAAAAAAGUCUGAAGUUCUUGUUGGAACAGAGAGAAAUCAACAUGGAGUAUCAGAGGUGGCUAACGAAGUUGCUGGGCUUUGACUUUGACAUCCAGUAUAAGCCGGGGUUGGAGAAUAAGGCAGCUGACGCCUUGUCCCGUAAAGAGAUGGUACCGUCGUUGUUUGCAAUAUCAAUUCCAGCAGCCAUUCAACUAGAAGAGAUUUGUGCCGAGGUCGAUAAGGAUCCUGAACUGCAGGGCAUCAUCAAAAACCUGCGAGAAGGAGGUAACUUGUACCCUGAGUUCUCCUUGGUGCAGGGGAGGUUGCUGAGGCAAGGGAGGUUAGUGAUACCUAACUCUUUGGCAGUUACGGGGUUGAUAAUGCGAGAAUUCCAUGAUGGAAAGCUAGGGGGUCAUGGGGGCGUUCUGAAAACACAGAAGAGGAUCGGGGAUUUAUUCUACUGGGAGGGUAUGAUGA